AUGGACCCCGGAGUCUCCUCCGAAGAGACGCCCCUGCGCCGCCGUCUGUCCGGAUUGCUUGCGUUGAUUACAUUGGUCUACCACGAAAGAUCACCUCCCAUCGCCGCAUCGAAUACCGCGAUACCUGCCGCGACAGCCAUCGCCCAAGCCUCCAACCCGCGAUCUAGCCUUGUCAAUUUCUAUCGCAGCUUUUCGUCCACUUGA